CGUCGGCCUCAAACGGUUUUUAGUUUAUUCGGCCGUCCUUCCAAAACUGGUUGAAUCAAUAAAGAUUACUCAUUGCCAUCAAUUUGAAUCCAGUUUUAAACAGAAAGUAAAGAAAAACACCAGGAGCUUCAAACUAUAAAGUAAUAAUGGACCGUAGUCAGAGCUUGGGACCGGUGUUAGGUUAUUUUACUGAUUUCGCUCAAAGAUUAUAUAACCAAUUAGUCAUCAUAGUUCGCGAAUGCGUUUUUCAAGAAUGAAAAAAAAAUAUGAAAUUAUAAAGAAGAUAGACAGAAUAUGCUAUCAAUUUUGAACUUUUCAAAACGAGCCAAAUAAUUUGAUUAAUGUUGAAUUUAAUAAUAUCCCAAGGAAAAGAAAUCAAUAAUCAAGUGAAACUUGCAACGUUAAAAAUUUGAAAAUCACAAAAAAACAUGCCCGUGUUCCCAUUAAGUGUACUUUGUGAAAAUAUACUACUACAAAACUACCUUGCCUUGAAGGAUCUUGGUGACACAAGAUUUCAAUUGAUCCAAAGAGUCUUGUUGAGAUUCAACCCACAGCAAUUGAUUGAGCUAGAAACUUCAAACCCAAGGCUUAUGUUGGAUGAUGAAAGUGUUUGGUUAAGCUUAGUCAAGAAAGAAUUUCCACAAGAUGUUCAUGAGCGAUAUACAACAAAUUCAAGCAAGAUUAAAGAUUUUUUCAAACAACAGUUAGAUGAAGUUGGUUGUGAUUAUUCCAAUAUCAAUCUAGAUAACUAUAUAUCUUAUCAACAACUUGGUAAUACCAAAAAAUAUAAAUUACCGUCAAAAUUGCUAUAUUUAAAAUAUAGAGAAGAUUAUUUGAAAAAAGAAGAAUUAGCUAUAGAAAACCUUAGACAAAGAAUGAAGGCCAUACAAAAGGAUAAAGAAGAGAAUAGAGUGGUCCAUAUAGAUGAUGUUAUUCCUGAACCAAAUGCUCGAGUUAAAAAUAUAGCAAAACCACAAAGGUCUAAAAUCUUUAUGAAAUCCAAGAUUGAAGCAAAGCAAAGACAAACUCUUUUCAAAAAUCCAUUAAGAAUGUCAAUUGAAGGUAAAACACCAGUUAUAAGGCCCCCAAGAAAAGUUCCAACACCUUUCAUCACAAAACCAUCCUCACCAAGACCAAAACCAAUACUUACGUCACCAAAAAGAUCAAAACCAGCAUCACCAAUAAGGCCAAAACCUCAAAGUUCAUCAGUCUUUCAUAAUAAGAGAGCACCAAGGUUGAAACCAGCUCAACCUACAAGCCCCAUUCAAUCAACUACGGUCAGUCAUGCCGAAAACACUAGUCAACUUACAGAGAACAUUCCAAAUGAACCGCCAAGGAAGAGAAUUAAUAUCGGAGAGUAUAAAGCGAGGAAGAUGUAAUGAAGUUUAUGACAUUAAUGAAAAAUCAUUGUAGUUGAAAGCACUACG